AUGGCAUUCUCGAAUAAAGGUAUUCCGGAAUGGGUACACUCGCCUUGUGGUGCUUUUUCCCCCUUGGGUUUAAAAACAGUUUUGUAUAUUGUAAUUAGGAAAACGUGCUGCUCAUUAAGUGUGAAUUAUAAACAACGUAAAGAAGAAUCAUUUAAUAUUAAUGAGUUUACAAUAAAAGAUGUUCAUAUGUCUGAAGAACAAAAGUAUGAUAGUCCCGCACCUGAUUUACAAGAUAACAAUCCACAGUUGGCUGUAAUCAAUGAUCAAGACUAUGUUUAUCAGUCAUUAUUAUCAAAUAAUAAACAAGAAGAUGGCAGUGAUAUAGAUUUUGACGUUAUUGAAGCAUUCGAUAGUCCUGACAGUAGUGCCUCAAGUUGUAUGUGUUGUGUUUAG